AGCGAGAAGGACGGAACCUGAGUUAGACAGUCUGAUGUGCAUAAGUUGCUGGCUGUUUUUCAUUCUCUUUUUUGUGUUUCCCAAAGGAGGAGUGGAAGUUGAACGAAAGAGAAGAAGAUGCAGAGAGGAGGUGGACAGAAGGUGUGAGGAACACAAGGCGGCAAUGGAUAACACCGCUCCUCAGCCUGAGCAUUCACUGGCGUGGACCUUCACGCUGCUGCUGCUGCUGCUGCUGGUGGUGCUGGUGGUUUCCAUCCAGCAGCCACACUAGGCUGCUCACACCUAAGCUCCAGAGUGGUUGAGCAGCCAUGCUUCCCAGGGAUGGACUCGCCCCUUUUCCUGAUUUUCAGCCACACUGCCACGCUUUGCACAGCAGAGGAGAGAGUCCCAGCAUGUGGAUGCCCGGCCCGGGCAAGUCUGCAGUUGUGACCUCCGAAGCAAAGGACAACGGACCUCUCCUCCACUCGUGUCACCACAAGCAUGUUGCUGUGUGUCAGCAGGAGACUUUGACCAUCAUCGACCUUCAGCAAUCAGAACCCACUGAACUAAACGGACACAGCUCUCCAAGGACUGGCAUUUUAGACAGCCAAUACACUACGUAUGCCACACCCCUGAACAGCUUGAGACUCUCACAAAGUGAACUGAUUGACUUGCCACAAGGCUGCCACGAAACGGCCAAUGAGGAUGAAACACUGUUGACUUCAAUUUUGGGUGACAUUGAAAGCCAAAGUGGUCUGAGGACAUCUUUACAUGAGCAGACUGAAGGUCCACAAAGUGUCACAACAGUGUACCAUUCUCUCCAAACAUCUCUUAGUCUCCCUUUGGCUUUCCCGCUGUCCUCCCUCUACACAAACAGAGACUCAUGGGACUUUCAGAUACCGUGCUCCCCAUCUCCACCUGAGGGUCCAGAGUUUCAAAGCCGGGACUCCUACCAACUGCACAGGAGAACAUCUCAGGGUUCACUCAAAGAGAAGUCCAUCCGCCGUAAGAUGCAGGUUUAUUCUCCAGACAGCCUCAGUGAUGAGUCUCUCAGCAGCCCCAUCCAGGAUGCAGACUUCAUCUUCCCCGGACCUUUUGCUUCUUUCCUGGAGGAGGACAUCGGUGGACAGUCCUCACAAGAGGCUAACACAAGUCCUUCAUCUUCAGACGCUUCAGGUCCAGAACUGCAGAACCUUUCUAAGGAUGACAUCUUAGAUCUACCUGCAGAACCGCUGCAGCUGCUAGAGGACUCAGUGCCAGGUGUGGGCGAAGACAGUCUGGAUGCAUCCAUUGCAACCAGGGGUAUUUUUCUAACACGCAGGGGAGACCAUGAGAGACGUCGCUUCUCAGCCUCAGAGUUGAUCUCCAGACUCCAGCUGUCCCAAAGGAAGAACUCCUUUACCUUGAAGCUGGGAAAGUCAUUGUCGGCCCGCGUCACCUCCAGGGACCGACAGAGUUCUAGCAGUUGGACCCUAGACAAUAAGUCCAAUUCAAAGCACUUCAGCUCAGGCUCCAGUGAUAGUGCCCCACAUAGUCCUGUAAGACCUGCACCGCCGCUGGCCAGCAGUGACACUGGAAUAUCUACACAUUGGUGGAGCACCAAACUUGGAAUGCGAAAGAAGUCCAUGGAAGAGGAGACGUGCACACCUCCUACAGUUGGGUCUUCCAAUCGUUUAUCAAGGUUCUUGCCAAGUUCCAUCCUGUACCAAGAAUACAGUGAUGUAGCCAUCAACAGAGAGAUCCAGAGGCAACAGGGCAACGAACCAGGCACAGAAGAGGAGGGUCUAAGGGACGCGGGUUCCGAUGGAACGCCGUCUCCAUCAAAUUUGUCUCCGUCCAGUUCCUUUCGUUCCUCGCGAGGUUCCGCUUUUGCCCUGUGGCAGGACAUCCCCGAUGUCUGCACAAGUGGUCAGCUGGACAACUUCAGUAACGGGGAGAGGAAGUUACAGGAGGCCAAGUUUGAGCUGGUGACAUCUGAGGCCUCAUACAUCCGCAGCUUGACGAUUGUGGUGGAUCACUUCAUGCUCUCACAGGAGCUCUCGGAAUGUCUCGGAGCUCAGGACAAGCAGUGGCUCUUCUCCAAGCUGCCUGAAGUCAAAGAUGUCAGUGAGAGGUUCCUUCAGGACUUGGAGCACAGGCUGGAGGAAGACAUCCUGCGUUUUGACGUGUGUGACAUUGUAUUGGAUCACUGUCCGGCUCUACGCAGGGUCUACUUACCUUAUGUAACCAACCAGGCUUACCAAGAACAGACAUAUCAGCGUCUACUUCAAGAAAGCCCUCGUUUCCCUUCCAUCUUGGCUCGUUUGGAGGAGGACGCGGUGUGCCAAAGACUCCCUCUGACCUCAUUCCUAAUCCUGCCAUUCCAGAGGAUCACACGGCUUAAAAUGCUGGUGGAGAACAUCUUAAAGAGGACUACACCAGGUUCUCGAGAUGAAGACACAGCGACAAAGGCUUUCAAUGAGCUGAAAAAGAUGAUUAAAGAGUGUAACAGCAGUGUGCAGUCCAUGAAGAGAAUGGAAGAACUCAUCCACCUCAAUAAGAAGAUUCACUUUGAGGGCAAGAUCUUUCCUCUCAUCUCUCAGUCUCGCUGGCUGGUGAAGCACGGUGAGCUCCUGGAGGUGGACACUCAGACCAUGAGUAUUUCUGGAUCCAAGCUCAAGCUGCCCACCAAGCCAGUGUAUCUACAUCUGUUCAAUGACUGCCUGCUGCUGUCCAGGAGGAAAGACACAUGGAAGUUCCUGGUGUUUGUGCAUGCCAAGAUAGGAGAGCUGAAAGUGAAGGAUCUGAGUCAGAAGCUGCAGGGCAUAUCAGGUUUCAUCUUCCACCUUCAGCUGUGUGAAGGACAGCAUCUCAAACAUCAGAUCCUGCUCAAAUCGCACACUGAGAGCGGGAAGCAGCGAUGGAUCACUGCCAUGUUUCCAUCAGAUCCACUGGAGGACAUAGAGCACGCCAGUGAGAAUGCUGACAUAUCUCAGGUGCAGUGCAUUAGAAGCUAUCAGGCCCAGGAACAUGAUGAGUUAACGCUGGAGAAGGCUGACAUUCUUCAAGCCAAGACCAUCACAAGUGAUGGCUGGGUGGAAGGCAUCAGGUUGUCUGAUGGGGAACGGGGCUGGUUCCCCAAAUCCUACAUUGAGGAAAUCACCAGUCGCAGCGCACGUCUCCGCAACCUCCGGGAAAACAUCCGCAUUAAAUGUGUCACACAGAAACUGGAAGGCGAGGACGAGUGAAGAGACAUUGGGAGUGGUCUCACAAUGCACAUUUGACAUGAACUCAAAUAAAAACUACUGCUAAUUACGUCAGUCCUGUGGUGGACAUGACUCAGGAAGAUUGCUGAGUCACUGCCAACAUGUAUGAUAUAAAGUACAGGAGACACAUUCAUGUACAGUACUAUAGCUAGGGACGCUCCGAUCGAUCAGCCAUAUCGUGUGAAAACACGUUAUCGCAUUUGCCGAUAAACGCCUUUCAAAGCCCAUCACAAAAACCGAUUGGCGUGCGGAGGCAAAUCCUAAAUGUCUGCUGUGUCACGUAGGGUUGCCAACAAAAUGUUGCGUCUCGUAUUGAGCUUGCCACAGGCUUCGCCAAUCGAUGCCAGCUUGUUUCCACCAGGGCUUCUCAAGUAGUGGGACGGACUGUGGUUUCAGUUCUGAGUUCAGUCUGUACAGUACAGAUAAAUAAAUAGAUUUGAUCAGUUUCUCAAUAGUAUUUCAAAUUGGGAGGGGGGUGGGCUGGAAAACAUUUCUGUCACCAGAGAGGGGCAUGACUGGAAAUAAUUGAGAACCACUGGUUUACACAAUUUACCUGUUUGUCACUAGCUGUACUUUAUAUUGGCAGCAGCUAGCUCGCUAGCUAGCUAGUGUUAUCAACAUAGCUUCUGGUCUUCAGACACCAAAUGCGAAUUUUUCAGCAUAGUGACAUUUUGUUUUUAAAACAAACAAGCAAUGCGGUUGGUUCAGACCUCGUUUUUGUCCCACGGAAAGCCAGAAGUGGAUAUCACGUUCAUGGGGUACAGACUAACUUUUAACUAAUGAAUUGAAUUCAGACUUUAUGCCUUUUAUAUAAUGACAAAUGAGCACAAAAGAGCAAUAAGACGAUGGCCACACUGUUUGAGUGGCGAUCUGCUUGGUAAAUAAAGUAGUGUACAAUUUAUAAAUAAACCAUAAAUAAAACACAAAUAGUUAACAGCUCCAAUAGGGAUGAAAGUUGGAGACCCCUGCAACCUGGACACUCAAUUUAUUCUGUUUUUCAUUGAAAAGGACAGAUUUCUGUUUAAUAAAGAUAUUUAUUUGUAUUAUUUUAUUCGGUUAAUUUUGUUAUCUUGAGCUAAAAAAUAAGUUUUAAACAGUUUAUUUCCCAUGUAUUCAUAUUACCCCAAAACAUGCAUCAAAUUGAAUUCAGGUUUGUGUCAAAUAGUACAAAAAUAGUUUCACACAAAUAAAGAGAAAAAAAAGAAUAGCCCCUCAAACGUUUAUUUUUUAAUAAUUAUCUAUUUGCCAGGGGCCCUUGGAAUUUUCUAACAGCGCCCCUCACCAAUACCGCUCACCAUAAAUACAUUGAAAAUCUAAAGUUAAUCCAUGUGAUCGGUAUCAGUAUCGGCCCAUCUCACUCAUGGAUGAUCGGCAUAAAACCCUGAUCGGAGCAUUCCUAACUGUAACAUGUUUACACUUUGGAGAGCUGAUCGCUACAUCUAAAUAUACAGUAUAUAGAGAAUAUAAUAAAUAUACUGUAUAUGAGUUUAAGAGUUCCAAUAUUUGGACUCUGUCAUAAAAGGCAUAUGCUAGAAUUAUGUAUUUUAAAUAGCACAAGUAAAUACAUCACUCUUGUGGGUUGCCGAAGCCAUUUGUUGUAUUUCCAUUAAAAACGCAUCAAGUACUAGAUUAGCACUCAAGACUUGUAGGUGGAGCGCCAUCUGCUGGCUCUGGUUGGUCACUGCUCCACUCAGCCGCAAUGCAAAAUGAAUUCUUGUAUUUGCACCUUUCUUCUGAUCCGCACCAAAAUGCAAUGUAAGUUUUUGCUCAGCUCGUGUGCCACUCCUUUACAAUGUUUCGUAUUAUUUGGUUGUGUAGUUUUUUGCGUAGUACAGCUAAAAGAUGACGAGCAAGCUACCAUCAUUUCAAAGGCUGCAAUUAAAAUAAAUUACAAUUAGUAUAUAAGUACAAUAAAAAUAAAUACAAUUCAGAAUUCAAUUGAAGGCAACACUUUCACUUUCACGGAAUGAAUGAAUGAAAAUGAAUGGAUGAAUGACUUUCCAUUUGUUCUUUUAUUUUAAUGCUAUUCCACAAUUACAGCUUUAAACAAAUAAGUCAUCAGUGCAGUAAAUGUUUAACAAUGUACAUAAUAAAAUAAAAAUAAAUCUAUGAGGUUUUAUUUAGUAAACGUUGAUGCCAGCAAUAAAAAUGACAUAUUGUCACAUUGUUGUAGCAAUUCAGUUGUUGCAAAAAAAAAAACACCAUGCAUCUCAAAAAUAUGUAUAAUGUGGGGUGUUUUGUGUUACUGGUCUAAAUUCCAGAUCCAUGCUUUUCACUGGACAGUGGACAACAUUCUGAAGCACUGCGCUAUAUUGAGACCUUAUUGAUAGCUCUAAAUGGUUGUUGUAUUUUUAAAACACUGAUUAUUAACAUUUCAAUCCUACAUUCUUGUCGGUGGCACAUGGAAUUUUUUUUGUAAUCACUACUUCUUUUUGUAAUUUAAAACGUAUAUUUAUACUUCUUCAGCUGUUUUGUUCUCGUUAUAAGGAUAUGCUGAAUCUAGUUCAAUGACUUUAUGCAUUAACUAUAAUUUAUGUGAACACUUGUUCAAACUUUUUCAACCGGGUGCCACAUACAGAAAAACUGAAGGGUGUGGGAGGACAUUUUGUGCAUUAAAAAUGCUAAAAACAAUCUGAUGUACUAGGAGGUUAAUAUAUGCUAACCUAUCCAACAGAGCAAAUUAGUGUACUAAGUAAUAAUACAUCUCAUUAAUGUUGAAAUCAUUUUAUAUGCAGAGGGCCAAUAAAACACCAAAAAUAGUCCCCAUGCCGCACUUUGGACACUUUGCAUUACUCAGACAACAGGCUGGAAGUGUGCAGACUACUGUAAACAUUUCAACAAUGAAAUAAACUGGAAUA